AUGUCAGACGAGGAAGGCACUUCAAGCUCAACCACAACCAAUGCCUCCGAGUUAAAGCUUCCUCAUUUCUGGCCCAAAAACCCCAGCGUGUGGUUCAGCCAAGUCGAGGCCCGCUUCCAGCUUCGACGCAUCACAUCGCAGGUGUCGAAAUACCUCCACGUCGUUGCAGCACUGCCACCUGACAUCGCUGACGCCGUAGACGAUGUGCUCGCCUCCACUCCAUCGGAGAAGGCCUACGAUGAACUAAAAAGCACCGUCCUGAAACGUCUUGAGGUGCCCGAACAGAGCAGGCUGCAACAACUCCUGUCUCAUGAAGAGCUUGGUGACCAGCGUCCUUCGCAACUACUCCAUCGAAUGCGUCAGCUGCUGGGACAACAAGCGUCAGAGGAGCGUCAGCAGCCAUUGCUUCGCGGGUUGUUGUUGCAGAGACUGCCACAGUCAACACAGAUGAUACUCGCUGGCUCGGAUGACGUGACUCUCGAGCGUCUGGCUCAACUCGCCGAACGCAUCACCGACUGCACCGAGCCAUCAAAAAUGUCUAUCGCUGCAGCGGGAAGGUCCGAACAUGCAGACCGGUGA